UCCAGGCUGCUAGGAUAUGAUAAAGUGCCAAGUCAGAGGCUCCAUAGCCUCUCAGCAAACAACUUUAAACCCAGAUUUGUACAUGUUCUGUAGCUAAUGAACUCUGUACUCUCCAUUCCCUGAGUAUUAUCAUCAGUUUCACUGGGACUAUUAACAUAAUUAAAGCUGUUUCCUAUCUCUCAUUUUGCUAUGACAGCAUAUAGAGUAAGACUAAGCUGGCUUCCUGAUUGUUUUUGCUAGAUAAAACCUACGGCAGUCAUUCAGUACAGUGAUCCAUCUCUCGUCUUUGUAUUUUUGCUGGGUUUUGCCUUUGCCACAAUAUUCUUCAGCUUCAUGGUCAGCACUUUCUUCAAUAAAGUAAAUUUUGCUGUUCCAAUUGGAUGUUUCCUUUAUCUUCUUGCCUACCUUCCAGCUAACAUCAUCACUUCAAACUAUGCAGAGACAACAUUCAUCCAAAAGCUGGCUGCCUGUCUCAGCUCAAAUAUUGCAAUGGUACUGGGAGCUAGAUUCCUUGUCAGGGCAGAAAUGACAAAAGUUGGAGUUAAAUGGAGUAACCUUUUCUCAACCAAAGUGGACAACUUUGUCUUUGCCUAUAUAUUAGGAAUGUUUUUACUUGACGGUUUCUUGUAUGGCCUUGUGACCUGGUAUAUAGAAGCUGUCUUUCCAGGACAGUAUGGUGUGUCCAAGCCAUGGAACUUUUUCUUGCUGCGUUCUUACUGGUGUGGGGAAACAAUUAUGAAAAAAAAUAAAUCAAGGCAAUUUUAUGAGACCAUUGAAAGCAAGUAUUUCGAACCUGAACCUACUGGCAUGGUAGCAGGUAUUGAGCUCAAGCAUUUGUGCAAGACAUUCCAUGUGCAGAACAGCACCAAAAAAGCUAUAGAAGACUUGUCUUUGAGUUUCUAUGAGGGGCAGAUCACUGUCCUGCUAGGAUGUAAUGGAGCUGGAAAAUCUACGACUUUAUCCAUUCUCUCAGGCCUCUAUCCAGCUACCAGUGGAGAGGUCUGUGUUAAUGGAUAUGACAUCUCUAAGUAUAUUGUCCAAAUCAGGAGAAACUUGGGCAUAUGUCCCCAACAGGACUUACUGUUUAAUUACAUGACAGUUUCAGAACACCUUCAUUUCUAUUGUGUGAUAAAAGGAAUACCUCAAAAGAUGCGGCCAAUGGAAAUAGACCAUAUGCUGUCUACUUUUAAUCUGCUAGGAAAGCGUAAUGCAUUUUCUGAGUCACUGAGUGGAGGAAUGAAGCGCAGACUCUCCAUCAUUAUAGCACUCAUAGGGGGCUCCAAGGUGGUGAUACUUGAUGAGCCAACAUCUAGCAUGGACCCAGCCUCGCGGAGGGCCACCUGGGAUCUCCUUCAACAUUAUAAGCAGAAUCGCACCAUCUUACUGACCACCCACUAUAUGGAUGAAGCUGACGUCCUGGGGGACCGCAUUGCCAUCAUGGUCAAAGGAACUUUGCGGUGCUGUGGCUCUUCACUUUUCUUGAAAAAAUUAUAUGGUGUGGGAUACCACAUUGUCAUGGUGAAGGAACCUCACUGCAAUGUUGAAGAAAUCUCCGAAUUGAUUCAUUGUCAUAUAUCAGUAGCCACUUUGGAGAAGAAUGCUGUAAAUGAAUUAUCUUUUAUUCUCCCCAAAGAAUACACACACAGGUUUGAAGUUCUGUUUACUGAUCUUGAAAAAAGACAGAAAGAAUUGGGCAUAGCUAACUUUGGUAUUUCUGUCACUACCAUGGAAGAAGUCUUCCUUAGAGUAAGUAACACAGAAGAUUCACAAACAGACAUUCAAGCUACCCAAACUCAACCUUCCCUCAUGAGCAAAGUCUCAAUCAAGAACCAGAAUAAGAGUAUGUCCAGAAAUGACAGAAUAGAUUCUUCUUCCGUGAAUGAAAGUCCUACUACUACUAUUAUGUAUAACACUGAGUGUUGUCUCUACUACCAGCAGUUCCAUGCCAUGUUUGUCAAGAAAGUGAUGUUCAGUUGGCGCAACUGGAAACUGAUCUUACUGCAGAUAAUGGUGUUUCUGGGUUCCCUUGCCUUUCUGUUAGAGGUUGAUAGACUUUCACACAUUAAUGAGGAUAAGAAUGCCAGACAAAUGAAUUUGGAUCAAUAUGGUCAAACCAUUGUGCCUUUAUCCAUUUCUGGAAAUUCUAACUUUACUGUGACUUUCUUAGAACAUCUUAAGAUUACGCUACAAUCUGAAAAACAUACACUUAAAGAAGUGCAAGGUAACCUACUGAAAUACUUACUGGAAAAUGAAGAGUGUAUUAACUUAUGCAUUGUUGCAUUUUCCAUUGAGGUGAAGAAAGGGGAAGUGAUAGUCACAGCUUUCUUCAACAAUCAAGCAUACCAUUCACCACCUCUGGCCCUGGCAAUGGUAGACAACAUCCUUUUCAAGUCAGUUUCUGGUCCUGACGCUUCCUUAACAAUCUCUAAUAAACCUCAACCACGUUCUGAAACAAAUGAUCACAUUGACAUGAACACAGAUGGACACCAAGUGGCCUUCAAUAUACAUUUUGGCAUGGCUUUUUUGAUCAGUGGCUUUUGUCUCCUGACUGUGACUGAGAGGGUCUCUAAAGCAAAGCACAUCCAGUUUGUGAGUGGAGUUUAUGUCUCUGUGUACUGGCUUUCUGCUCUGCUGUGGGAUCUCAUUGUCUUCUUUAUCUCCUGCUGCUUGCUGUUGGGAGUGUUCAAAUACUGCCAUUUUGAUAUAUUUCUCAAGGAUUAUCAUUUCUUGGACACCUUGCUGAUUUUUACCCUGUAUGGCUUCUCUGCUAUUCCUCUCAUGUACCUUCUGAGCUUCCUGUUUUCUAAAAGUACUUCUGCCUACAUCAUGCUGGUUCUGUUCAACUACUUCUCGGGUAUUUUUACUCUCCUUAUAGAUGCUGCACUCGAACUUGGUGAAGGUCAAGAUAAUAUGCCAGAUGACACCAGAACCUUCAUACUUAAUUUGUUACUGCUUUUUCCAAACUACAACCUUGGGAAAUGGAUUGGUGACUAUUUUGACUUCUACCAGAGGAAAAAGUGGUGUGCUAUCAAAAAUGCUCAUGACCACUUAGCUUGUAGUGGAAAAGCUACUCCAAGGAAUUUUUAUUCUUUGACACAGGAAGUACAUGGAAAAAAUAUGAUUGUGAUGACUGCUACAGGUUUUAUUUUCCUCCUUUUGAUUUUCUUUUGGGAAACUACUUUGUGGAAACUAAGACCAUUUUUCAAUCAAUAUGUUUACUUUGGUAUUUAUAAGAAAUUUAAGAGAAAAUCUUUGAGGGAAUUAUAUGAAACACCUGAAGAUGAAGAUGUACAGAAUGAAAGAAAAAGAAUCUUGGGACAGUCUCGGUUGAUGCUAAAAUCUGCAGUGCUUAUCAAGGAACUUACAAAGAUAUAUUUUAAUUGUCCAGUGAUUGUGGCUCUGAAAAAGAUCUCCCUUGGAGUUCAAAAUAGGGAGUGCUUUGGAUUGCUUGGGUUCAAUGGAGCUGGAAAAACCACUACCUUCCAAAUUUUGGCUGGUGAACAGACAGUUACCUCUGGGGAUGUGUUCAUUGAUGAUUUGAACAUCGCUAAAAAUACUCAAAAGGUGAUGUCAAGAGUUGGCUAUUGUCCUCAGUCUGAUGCCUUACUGGAAUACAUGACUGGUCGAGAAAUCAUGAUCAUGUAUGCUAGAUUAUGGGGAGUCUGUGAGCCCCAGAUUCAGCUGCAUGUGAACAAGUGGUUGAAUGUGCUACAACUGGAACCCCAUGCUGACAAACUUAUCAGAAACUACAGUGGAGGAAACAAACGUAAACUGAGUACUAUUCUGGCCCUAAUGGGAAAACCUUCAGUCGUUUUGCUGGAUGAGCCCUCAGCUGGCAUGGAUCCAGUAGCUCAACACUUGCUCUGGAAUGCUGUGACAAUGGCAAAAGAAAGUGGCAAAGCCAUCAUUAUAUCCUCACACAGACUAGAGAAAUGUGAUGCCUUCUGUACCAGACUGGCCAUCAUGGUGCAGGGAGAGUUUGUGUGCCUGGGCAGCCCUCAACAACUCAAGAGCAAGUUUGGUGGUAUUUAUGCCCUGAAGGUCAAGGUCAAGACUGAUACAUCUGUGGACGUAUUAAAUAGUUUAAAAUUUUUCAUCACAAUAGCAUUUCCAGGUAGUGAGCUAAAGCAGGAGAAUCAGGGGAUCCUCAACUACUACAUCCAUAGCAAGGACAAGAACUGGGGAAAGAUGUUUGGUAUUUUGGAGGAAGCUAAAGAACAGUUCAAUUUAGAAGACUACUCCAUCAGUCAGAUAACAUUGGAACAAGUCUUCCUGACCUUUGCUAGCCAAGAGGAGACAAAUGAGAAAGCAUCACCAUGAGGUGUAAUUCCAACCUUGUUGUCUUGUUGUCUUUCUUCUACUAUGCCUGUGGGCAUAGAGGAACACUCCUCUGUGUGUGUAUCUUGAUGCAAAAAUCUGUUUAAUAAAGAGCCCUCUCCUUAUGGA